UCGAGCGGGGUCAGUUUGCGCCCCGGGGCUCCUAAAUUGCGCCCAUUUAUCACGUAAAAUCCACUUGCGCUCCAUGAAGUUGCGUGUGUUGAUCUCUUCUUUAAUGUUCGAGUGAAGUUGAUCAUGUGACUGUAAGUUGGGUGGGAACCAUGCUAGUUUCUACCAGUUUGUUGCUUGUUUUCCUUGUUCUUCAAAAUAUCUGCACAAGUUUGGGGUUGAAAGCCCUAAAACUGAGCAUCCCAAGAGCGGUUAGAGCAGGCCACUCGGUCACUUUGGGCUGCGAAUACGAUCUGGACGAGGCUCAGUUAUACUCAGUGAAGUGGUAUCGGGAGCAAGAGGAAUUCUUCCGGUACGUGCCGAAAGAGGAGCCUCCAACCAGAGUGUUCACCACAUCUGGACUCCAAGUGGACAUAUCAGUGUCCAACGCCAACAGCGUCACGUUGCUGUCGGUUAAUCGGGAUAUAUCCGGACAAUUCCAGUGCGAAGUGUCGGCCGAUGCCCCUUUGUUUCACACACAAUCCAUGUCCGCCUUGAUGACUGUUGUAGUCGUGCCUGCAGGAGUUCCAUUAGUCACCGUGGAUAAAACCGGGCUGGAACAGGGCAGACCGCUUAUAGCCGACUGUCAUGCCCCGCCCUCCCAUCCAGCUGCCAAUAUUACCUUCUUUGUGAACGAUGAAAAGGUUCCAGGCUACACUUCGGAAUGGACUACCAGUGGCAGCGACCAGCUGGAUCAAAAGAGCGCCCGACUGGAGCUGACUGGAGUGGGAGGGAGUUGGGAUCCGCUCCGAAUCACAUGCGAAGCCUCCUUGUUCAAGCUCUACCACGCAAAGAGCGUGGAGGUGCAAGUGAGGCCCGAUACUCCUCAGCCUGCCUCAGUGCUUCUAAUGGAGACCAGCUCGAACAGUGCUGCAGAAGCCCACUUUCCUGCGCAGGUUUUUCCCAUUAUUGGGCUUGUCUGGACCAUUAACUCUAGAGCACUUAUUUAGGUGGAUUUGGCAGAGGGCGUACCGACUAGACUGUGAUACUAAACGAUAAGCAUGUUUAAUUGAAUAAAGCCGCAUUUAUUAAA